UAGCGAGUUUUGCCGCUGUGUGCUGCUCCGCUUGUGCCGCUGCCAAAGUUAGAGUAGCCGUUGCUCCCGAGUAGGAGUUUAAAACGGCUUCACGGACGGCAAGAUUCCUCGAGGCGAUUCGUAAAAUGACGAAGAUCCGUCAAUUGAGGAGUCGUCUACGAGUGCGUGCACGCAGUGGAACGGCGAAGAAAACGCGAGAAGAGGAAAAACCUCGUCGAGGUUACAUCGUUAGAGGAAGAAUAACGUUGUGUCGCGUGGAAACCUAAUGGCAUGUCGUUUAUCGUGCUUUUCUAAAUCGCGAAGACAGUCGAACUACCGUUACAGAGCGUGUAUUAUAGAGCAGAUGUAAACUGGAAAUUGUAGGUAGAAAGGAAGGAAUUGACAUGCCUUUUCGGAGAAUCGGUAGUGAUAAAAGACUAUCGUCGUUUUUAAGAUGACGACUGAAGCAAAAGUAAAGAAAUGACUGACGAACGACAAGGAGAAAAAAGAGAGAGAAAGCGAAAUAAGAAUGGACGUGCUAGAAGGAUCAAGUUUAAAUUCAUACCAUUCGUAAUGUGAAAACAUGAUGUGAAAGUGGGUAGGAUUAUUUGAAGAAUAUAUAACUUACUCUGGGUAAAAGUAUAUAAGAGUAUAGUGUUUAAAAAUCUGUAAAUUAUGUAUUGGCUGUGUUAAUUAAAUAAUAUUAACCGAUAGAAACACCGAUGAAGUAACAGAGAUGUAUAAGAUAAGGGGUAGGAGAAGAAGAGAAGGAGCUAGAUGGCUGGGUUCCUGGAAGUGUAAAUAAGACGAAAUAAAUGAUCGAGACUCGUACUGGGAAUGGUAAACGAGAGCUGUGCGAAUAACAAUAGGAUUGGCCGGUGCUGCAUCACCUGGCGGGAUACGCAGCAGCAGCAGCAGCAUGUGCCACUGGAGCACAGGAGAUUCCGACGCGUUCAUGGGCUGCAGCUGCCACUGCAUCCUCAACAGAUCGUCGGUUGGGUCCUGCUGAUCGUCGUGUUCAUCGGUACUUUCACCGUGUUGCUGACGACGCCGCCGCUACUGCCCGAUCUGCGCUUCGUCCUCUCGUUACUGUUCGCCGCGUUGUUCCUGCUCCACCUGUCGACCCAUUUGACGGUGUUGCUGCUAGAUCCGGCCGAUCCCGAGGUCCGCGCGCGACCAGCUCGCGCGAUCGUACCGGAGUUCGACCGUGCGAAGCAUCGGCAUGUCAUCGAGAACGGGCGAUGCCACCUUUGCAACAUAACGACGUGCGGUCGCCGGACGAAACACUGUUCGAUCUGCAACAAGUGCGUGCCGCGUUUCGACCAUCACUGCAAAUGGUUGAACAAUUGCAUCGGCGGCCGUAACUAUCCGGCGUUCCUGGUCUGCCUGACGUCGACGCUCGUCGCCGCGCUCGCGGUUACCGCGCUCGCCCUGGGUGAGCUCGUGCUCGUUAACGCACACUUAUUCCUAGUCCCGAAAUCGAAAUCCAAUGGGAUAAACUGGAACGGAUCAUCGGUAGUCAACCACUCCACUAAUGGAAGAUGGGACAGGAGCAUGAAUAACGGCACGGCGACGCCACCGUUGUUGCCGGUGCCUGGCACCGGCUCGCUCGUCCUCGUCACCGUCAUCGGCGUUCUCUCGGCCAUCGCCGCGGUGAUGCUCAUACACCUCUGCUUCUUUCACGGCUAUAUCGCCUGCCUCGGUCUCACCACGUACGAAUAUGUGCGCAACAAACGGGAGAGCGCGCAACAAACUGCUGCUGCUGCUGCUGCUGCUGCCGCCGCCGACUCUAGAACAACGUCUACCUCUGGCUACCUAUGCGGUCUAGGCAUACCUCCUUAUUGCACCUCGGCUGACGAGGAGGAUCGCGUCGACGGCUCGCGUCCCAGCGCGAGAGCGCGAGCUCUCUAUUCUCGCUUCUGCGAGAAUGCUCCUUUAACUAGUAAAACUAAUACCACCAGCGUGACUACGGACGUGUACGUUUGCUCGACGCACCCCGAGGAAAGCCGGACGGGGGCGGGCGACGUUAAGGAUGUCUCCUCCAAGACGAGAGGAGGUGGCCGGAAUUUUCGUCUUUGCUUCUCGUACGAUUCGCGCACCACCGAGACCUCCAUUCAGGUCUCUUCCUCGCAGACGACGGAGUCGUUGGGGAACCAUGUGCGUGACUCGCCGGAUACCAAAUCGUCCUCCACGCCUUCGCCGGUGUCUUGUUGCUUCUCCAUCAUGAACCAUCCCGAUGGCGGCAGCAGGCACGACGGAAACGGACGGAAGCGUCGCACCAGUUGUGACAGAGAUCACAACAGGAUCGAGCCUACGAAACGAGAGAGAUCCUGCGGAACGAUGAGAAGAAUACAGACCUUUCUGCAGGCUCGUCUGAGAAAGGGCUCGAGGCAACGACGGUUAACGACGACCUCGUCCUCGGCGAUCGCUCGUCAUUGCGGCAACAAGAUCAUUCCGCAGCCAGGCACUCCUCCGGACAUCGCGCUUGCUUUAACCGAACAUCAGGAUCGGAAUGUCGUCGAAGCGUUGACGACGGAAGUGGCGCUGACCACGCCAUCGGCUGAUGAUUACCCACGUCCACCGGCGAGGCUACCUGCCCUAGAUUUUUCCCGCAAAAUUAGAAAAGUACCUUCGAAUACCACUGAUAUUUCCGUCCUGGGCCAGAUACCUGGGCCGCCCUCCACGAUAUCUAAACGAAAUCAAACUCACCUUCGCACACGGCGGAGCGGGAGUUUUUCCAAGAAGAGACCGCACUUCAAGAUCGGCUCGCAUGUCGUAACGCAGACCGCUCAAUUGUCGCCCAUACCGGAGUCGGAGCUUUCGAAACCGGCUACGCCGAGAUCGCCGUCGCGAUCGAAUUCUAUAUUCGCCUUCCCACCAUUACACGAAUAAUGUCCGAGACUAUGGAGUCACCUGACAAAGAGGAUGUCUCGAAGAAGAGGAC